CUGGCUUCAUGUCCAACCAAUUCGAUUUCAUCGUGGUGGGAGCUGGAGCCGCCGGCUGUCUCCUGGCCUCUAGGCUCUCGCGCACGUCGACCGCACCAUCGGUUCUCCUCAUCGAAGCAGGAAAUGUCCUCGACAAUCCCGACCUCCGUGACGCCGGGCGAAAGUUUGUCAAUCUCGCCGACCCGAGCCUGGGAUGGGCCGACUAUUCGCACACCCAGAAAAACGUCAACGGCAGAAGCAUUAUCUAUCCGAGAGGAAAGGGGCUCGGUGGUUCAACCAUGACGAACGCCAUGGUCUACUAUGUCGGCUCGUCCGAGGAAUACGACUAUUGGGCUGAGGUCACGGGCUGCCCCAAAUGGAGAUGGCCCGAGACAAAAGAGAGAUUUAGACGGAUUGAGCGAUUCCAUGACGAUACCCCGACCGAGUUCAGGAAAUACGCCCAUGCGUCGCCAGAAAACCACGGCAGCACGGGUCCAAUUGAUGUCAGCCUCCCAUCGGUAUGGGAGCCCGGCGUGUCCAAGGUCUUUGAAAUUGCUCAGGCUCACGGAUACCCGAUCAACCUGGAUCAGAACAGUGGGAACCCGAUCGGGAUAGGUCUAUCCCCCACCACUGUGUCCCACGGACUUCGCACAACCGCAGCCUCAGCGUUCCUGGACAAUCGACCACCGAACCUGACGGUGUGGACUGACGCUGUUGCCGCUCGAAUACUGUUUGACGGCAAGACGGCGGUUGGGGUUCAGCUGGCCGACGGGCGCCGUGCGCAUGGGUCCAAAGCCACGAUUCUCUGCGCCGGCGCCCUCGACACGCCCAAAGUCCUGCUUCUCUCGGGGGUGGGCCCGAAGGAGGACUUGGAUCCUCUGGGCAUACAUGUCGUCCACGACCUCGGGGGCGUCGGCAAGAACCUCCAGGACCACCUCCAGUCGCUCAUCGAAACGCGCCUGUCGAAGAAGUUGUUGGACAGGGACGUGGCGCGGGACGGCGAGCCCGACACGGGAGGACCGUGGUCGUGUCUGCCCUUUGGCUUCCUGAAAGUGGAAGAGAAUCUGGAGACGGAGGAAUUCCACCAGCUGGAUCCGUUGACGCAGAACUAUCUGAAGGGAGCAACGGUCCCUCAAUUGUCACUUGGCACAGCAGCGCCCCUGUUCGGCCGCGGGAGGACAUUCCCCGAUGUGUCCUACUACCACGUCUACGUCAACUGCUUGAUGAACCCGCAGUCUCGCGGGGAGGUGCGGCUGCGCUCCGCCAACCCGGCGGACCCGCCGUUCUUUGACUUCAACGCCCUGUCCCACCCGUACGAUCUACGGUCCUACGUCAACAACACGCGCAGGGUCAUGGAGUUGAUCGAAGGGCAGGCAAACGCCGAGUACUUUGCCGGAUACAUCAACGGCCCAGCGAGCAAAUCGGACCGAGAUAUCGAGAGCUGGCUCAAGGCGGUCUCGGGUCCACAGUUCCACGCCACCGGGACGGUCAUGAUGGGCAAGGCCGAGAACAAGCUCGCGUGCGUCGAUUCCGACUUUCAGGUCUUUGGGCUCGAGAACCUCUACGUGGCGGAUCUCAGCGUCUGUCCGACCACUCCAUGUUGCAUGACCCAAAGUACGGCGUACAUGGUUGCCGAGACCGCCGCAGGGACCUUGAUCGAGAAGUUUGGGCUAGAGCAAUGAAGGGCGAGGCGAAGCGGGAGAGAGGAUGGCUGCUACGAGGUCUCCAGCGCUGCAGUCCAUGCGAGGAGGACAGUCCAAGAAAGAGAAAAAGGGGGAGGAGAAAGGUUCAAGGAAGUCGGGAAAGAUCCCCUACUUCCCUCCGAGGUGUGUCCAGGAUGGAAUUUUUGGUGGUUAGAAGAUUCUCCUUUUCACUCGCCCGAUCACAGGGAACUCACGGGGAUCCUGGCCCAACAUAUUAUAAAGCGUACGAUGAAUGGAGGUCUAGUUAGCACGUGUUGGGCCAAUACAAGGUGCAAGGAUAGGGUAGGAGGAUGAAAGGUUAGUUAGUG